ACUAUAGUAUAUUACGAUUUAUAAUUAAAAAGGAGUUUGAAUUUUUUUUAACUCAAAUUUUUGUUCUGAAUAGUAAGAAAUAUAAUAACAAAAAGAUUGUUUCGAAAUUUUCUUUCUUCCCUUAAUAGUUUUAGGUUGAUGCUCAUAGCACUCAAGUCCACUUUUCUAUGGUUCUAUGAGAUUAGGUGUCCAUCGUAUUCGAGUCUGCUUGCUGCUUUUCUAACAAACGUCUUAGGAAUUUUUUAUACGACUAAACUUGAAGUUUCACAAUAUUUGUACUCAAACCCUGCCUUUUCAAAUACCGCCAAAGACUUCCUGCUUACUCCCCUUUUGAUGCAGACAGGAUUUCUACCUCGUUUCCCUCUGCGAAUGGAUAUGCUUCUUUUCGUAUACAUGCUUGCGUUUGUGCCAACAAAAGUGAGUCUCCAGGGCCCUCAGCUUUAGCUCUUUGGCCUUUAGAAUCCCCACGAUCUAAUGAUUCUAACGUUAAUGAUUCAAUUCCAUUCUAUAUCUUCAAGAUUCUAAGGAAUAGGAAAAGGCAAUGAGAAAAAUCAUGAUGUUUUGAUAAUUAAACUGUUAAAAUGACA